AUGGCAUCGUCAAGUGAAUCAAUUAAAUUAAUUAUUCGUACGACAAAUAAUAAAUAUGCAGAUUUUGUUCUGGAAAUCUCACCAUUAUUAACUGUUCUUGAUCUCAAACAAAAAAUAACAUUGAAUCAUCCAACUAAACCAAUACCUAAAGAUCAACGAUUAAUUUUCUCUGGUAAACUUCUUGAUGAUACCGGUGUACUUAAUCAAAUAUUUAUUAAAUCAACAUCAGGAUCAUCAUUUAUGGUUCAUCUUGUUCUUGAUUCGGAUAAAAAUGCAUCUACACCAAGAAUUCAACAACCAACAACAGUACAAACACCUUCUAUUGUUACAGAACAACAACAACAGCAACAGUCUUCGUCUUCUGAAAAGUUAAUUACAUCUCCACAUUCAAAUACUUAUGAACAGUAUUUAGAAGAAUUAUAUAGAUAUCAACAACAACUUCAACAAUUUAUAUCUAAUCCAAAUGCAAAUCCACCAAUAUGUAAUUAUGAAAGUCAAGCUUAUUUACAAUAUUGUUAUACACAUUAUCAAAUGUAUCAAAAUUUACUUGCCUAUCAAAGAACAGUAAUACCUUCAUCAACAAUUACAACUACUUCAACACAACAAUCAACUUCUACUGAUACAAAUACUACUCCUCCACCAGCGGCAGUCCAACAACCAGCAGCAGGAAAUAAUAAUAAUAAUAAUAAUAAUAAUAAUAAUGACCUUGAACAAGAGAAUGAUCUAUUAGGAGUAUUGAAUAUGUUAGUUGAAUUAUUUGUACUCUGCUCGAUUAUUUAUUUUUAUUCAACAUUCAGUCGUUUUCUUGUUGUUUUUGUUAUUUUUGUUCUUCUCUAUUUACAUUGUCGUGGUUAUUUAUCUAUACAUAGACGUCGACGUGCAGUACAAGUACCACCAGCACCUAUUGUUCCUGAACAAGCUGCUGCUGCUGCUGUUCCUGCUGCUGCUGGAAAUGAUGGCGAACAAGGAGGAGAAGAUGAAGUCGAACCAGAAGUAGUAGCAAAUGAAGCUCAAAAUCAAAAUGAUAUUGAGCAUCAACGUCCUCCGCCACCUCCGCCUGGUUCUGUUGGUGAAAAUCAAAUAACAACAUCACGUCUUUUAUUCACAGCUAUAUCAACAUUUUUUUCAUCAUUAAUUCCGGAAAGACCACAACGUGCCUAA